AGCCAAGAGUUCACGCAAGGGACUGUGUAAUUCAGAACUGUUUUUUCAACUGCAUUUCCCUCACUGCUGGGCAAAAGGAGCAGAGUCAGACAGUGCAUGUGCCUAGAAGUUUAUGUUUAAAAGUUCCCCCUCUGCCUCCGUACCCUAAAGAACGCUAGAGACACGCUGUUUAAGGAGAGAAUCUGGCAAGAAGCACAGCAAGCUCCAGCCAUGGCUGAGAGCGGUAUUAUUAAGGAAAUAGAGAAAUAUUUUGAUGAUGUUAAAGGAAAGGAAUCUGAAGAGCUGCUGUUCUCCUACAAGGGGGUGCUGUACCCUAUUGGAUUGUGCAGUGCUGAGAUCUUCCAAGCGCUUGACACCAUAGAAUUUAGACAAGAUGAUGUGUUCCUGGCGGCUUAUCCUAAAUGCGGAACUAAUUGGACUCAACGCAUUUUAAAUGACUUGAUAAAUGCAUUACCAAAUAAUAAGGAAGUAUCACAAUUAGAACGUAUCCAUGUGCUUGAAUUUGAAGCUUCAGAAAAAUUUCAGAAAAUAAAAAAUGCACCUUCUCCACGUCUCUUUUCCACGCAUCUCCAUUAUGAUGAUAUUCCCAAGGCUGUCUUUGAGAAUAAGGUGAAGGUACUGGUGGUAUUUCGAAAUCCAAAAGAUGUAGCUGUAUCCUAUUACCACUUCUACAACAAAAAUCCUGGGCUUCCAAAUGUCAGCUCCUGGGAUGAGUUCUUUCAGAAGUUCAUGAGGGGAGAAGUCACGUGGAGUUCAUAUUUUGACCAUGCUCUUUCCUGGAACAAACAUAUGGAUGAGGAGAAUAUCAUGAUCAUCACAUAUGAAGAAAUGAAAGAGAACUUACCUGGAGGAGUGAAACAAAUAGCAGAAUUUUUGGGGUUCUCUCUGCCUGAGGAGAAGAUUCAGUCUAUUGCAGAGAAUGCCACCUUUCAAUCAAUGAGCAACAAAUCCCAAGAAACACAUGGCACACUUGCUCCCAUGCUUUUCAGAAAAGGUGAUGUUGGAGAUUGGAAGAAUCUCUUCACUGAAGCUCAGAGCCAGGAAAUGGAUGCCAAAUUUAAAGAGUGUUUAGCUGGAACUAAACUGGGAGCAAAGCUAAAAUAUGAUAAAUACUGCAAAUACUAAAUCUUAACUUCAUUCUGAUGCUACAUCACCACCUAUUUCACUACCUUUCACAUUUGAGAAUUGAGAUCUUCACACAUGGAUUUGCAAAAUAAAGAAAUUGUGAGAACCUAGUAAAUAAUUGGCCAAAUUCUGCUAUUGGGCCUAUAUAGAUGUAACAGAAGAAUUUGGCUGAACACGUAGAACAUAUGAAUAGUAUACCAAAGUUUCUGUGCCUAUUUGAGAUUUUAUUUUUUCUUGAUCUGCCAUUAAUUCAAAUUGAGCUCUGCUACAGAGCCAAACUUUCUGAAAGUUCAGGGGCGGGGUAUGAAAUAUCUCAGAGUGCUGAGAUAAAUAUUCAUCAGAUAAAAGUAGUGAGUGGAAGCCCUAUGUAGGAAGCACAUCUAGCAGUGAAGAAAGAGGAAAAAAAGCAUUUCCAACCAUUCUUGAGGCACUCUUUCACAUGGGUGUUGGGGGUGUGGUGGCGCCCGCUGGCUUGAAGUGGUUUCCAUCAUAUUCAGGGUUUAGAGUUUUGUUCAAUGGCUUUCAGCACCUCCACUAUACAAAUUGUUCCAGAGUCACUGAUCUCUUAUCAAAGUAUCCCAGGGGAGUUACAUCAGGGGUCAUCAACUUUCAGCAUGCAGCCCAUCAGGCUGUGAGACAUUUUGUUUACAUUGACUGUCCACAGGCACCCGCCCACCCCCGCAGCUCCCAGUGGCUGCAGUUCGCUGUUCCCGGCCAAUGGGAGCUAUGGGAAGCAGCAUCCAAGAUGUCCCUGUGGCCCGCUGCUUCUCGCAGCUCCCAUUGGCUGGGAACGGUGAACCAUGGCCACUGGGAGCUGCGGGGGGCUGAGCUUGCGGAUGGUCAACAUAAACAAAAUGUCUUGCAGCCCGCCAGCGGAUUACCCUUGUGAAAGUAGAAUGAAUUAGAUUGUAAAAGUAGAAUAAGUUAGAUUGUAAAAGUAGAACGGAUUAAAGAAAUGCUGUAUGUUCCUUUAAGCAGGAAUGAGGAAUGUUGAAAUAAAGUUGUCAGGAAGAGAAAUAUUAAGGUAUGGAACAAUGGGUCCACUUAAGCUAAUGGUGGGACAUUAGCAGGAGAUCAUUAAGAGUUAAUAAGGAAAUAAGAUAUGUGUGUCUAGUGAACUUAUCAGUUCUGUUCCCUUUGUUAUCCUGUUAAGUUCGUGCCCUUUUUAUCUGUAUAAAUAAAGUAGCUUAAGCCUUGUAUGGGACUCACACAUUAUCUGGGUGUAUUAGCAGAGCGCUUUGCUAAUAAAACAGAGUGAUCUGACAAAUUGUGAGUCCUGAAUCUGACUUUGGGCUGGUCUACA